AUGAUUCAGAUUGUGAAGAAAUCUUGUUGCAUCCUUUUCUUUCUCCUCAUUAUCUGUUGUGUUCCUAUCCAUUCCAAGACACAAAAGCUAGACGAACCAUGCAAGCGAAUCGUGCUCUAUUACCAUGACAUCCUAUUCAAUGGCACAGAUCUUGCUAAUGCAACUUCUGUAAAAAUUGCAAAUGACACUCAAUUUGGUUUCCAUUUUGGCAUGAUGGUCGUUUUUGAUGAUCCCAUGACGAAAGACGGUAAUCUUAAUUCACCGCCAGUAGCACGAGCUCAAGGCUUCUAUUUCUAUGACAAGAAGGACACUUUCAAUGCUUGGUUUGCCUACACUUUGAUAUUCAACUCUACUGAGUAUAAAGGGACCUUAAACAUCAUGGGUGCUGACCCUCUGCCGGAGAAAACUCGCGACCUUUCGGUAGUCGGAGGGACUGGUGAUUUCUUCAUGGCAAGAGGGAUUGCAACAUUUAGAACAGAAGAUGUGCAAGGUGACUACUAUUUUAGACUCCAGAUGGAUAUCAAGUUGUACGAAUGCUAUAAGACUUAG